AUGGAAACAAAAAUGGAAGAAUUAACUGGGAAAUUGAAAGCGCUAGACUUGGUGCUUGCCAAAUCGAAAGAUACUGUGACCGCGCGUAAUAAAGACGCACUUAAACGAAGUGAACAGUCCAUUGCGAGAAAAAUCAGCGCACUUUACGUGUUGAAAGAGGAAAUUGAGGAGUUAAAAUUUAUUAAUAAGGACUCAGAGGAAAACGUACGUACUUGGGCUGACGAAGUUGAGUUAAAAUUGACCGCCGCUGAAUCUGAACUAAACGCAAUUCGAGCCGUGUUGAGUGAAAUAGAACAGGAGGAAAUCAGUGUGCAACGUGAAAAGGACGAGGAAAUACAACGUAUCGCUGUCGACGCGGAGACCAAGAAACAGCUGUCAAUUGAACAUGCGAAGUUAGAGCUGGAACGAGCUCAUAAAGAAGCAGAACGGAAGAGAGAUUUGGAACACGGGGAGCUGCUACGGAAGCAAACAAUGGAGUACCAAAAGACCGUGCAAGCGUCGAUGGACACGAAAUCCAAACAGGUACAAAAUAUAAAAUUACCUAAAUUAAAAAUUACGAAAUUUAGUGGUAAAUAUUCUGACUGGUUGCCGUUUUGGAAUACAUUUGAAGCAGAGAUAGAUUCCACUGAUUUACCAGCCGUUUCAAAGUUUGAUUUCCUUAAGGAACUUCUAGAACCUAAAAUUCGCGAAGAUAUAGACGGGUUACCUUUCAGUACUGAAGGUUACCAACAAGCCAAAAAUAUAUUAAAAGACGAGUAUGGUAAAACAAGUGAAAUUAUCAACGCUCAUAUUCAAAAUAUAAUGGGAUUACCCAUUAUAACGGGAUCGAAUUCAGCAAAAGUGCAUGAAUUUUAUAAGACACUUUCCUACAAUGUCCAAUCGUUAGAGACUCUGGGUAAAAUAGAAAGAGUCAAUGGUACCACCAGAAACGUCCUAGAAAAACUAAAGGGAAUUAAAGCCGAUUUAGUGCGUGGGGAAGAGGGAUGGCAGCAGGGCGAAGGGAGAGAGGGCGUAGAAACGGCCAUACAACGAGCGGACCCAUCCGUGAUGCGGGCUUCGCGGGGGGUAAGACGUUCUAAUUGUAAACAAAUAUGGCUACGCGUAUAUGACCCAUCAGAAGGUAUGCUGAAACUAUUGCUUUAUAAAAUAUUACUUGUGUAAAAUUUAUAUGUUUUUGUUACUUUUAGCUAUUAUAAGAAACUUAAAGAUAAGAUUUAAGUAACCAAAAACUUUAUUUCGAGUGUUAUUUUAUUUCUAUACUUUGUUUAAUUUGGUGUUUAAAAAUGGCCGUCGAAAUGUUGUAAGAGAGUGUUAGCGCGCACUGCUUCCUGAUAAAAACCCAAUGAUUUCCAAAACCUAAAUUAUAAUUUGUUAUUAAGUUAUGAUGAAAACCUUUGCGUAGACAAAAUUAUAGAGUGAUCAAAUAUGAGACAGAUAGGUUUUGAACCUUUCAAAGUUCGAGAUCGAAUUGACAGUUGAAAUAGUACCUAACUCCAAGCUGAAAUGUGCAACUUUAUCGUGUAUAUUUUUGUCAAUUUUGUUUACUGGCCUUUGUUAAAUUCACUUGCAAUGGCUCGACAUAAGUUACAACAUACAAACUGAGCAGAGCCCAUGAAAAAGCUAUCCAUACCCCUACAGUCAUUCAGCUUCCUUGCUAUUUAGAAGUGCAUGGUUGCCCAUUAGUCGAAGAAUUGCUAUUGUAUGCGCUUGUUUGCACUUCCUUUCCUAAAAAAAGUCUACAAUAUUAAGGCUAAAUAGCAGAAAAAUAUGACCCAAUAAUCCAUGCAAUUAAAAAUAUCUAUCAAAUUAACUUCAAAAAUCAUGACCAUUCAUGAUUUGAGGAAUUAUAUCUAUUCAGGCAACCCAUAAUUUAGUGACAGGUCUUGGCAAGGUGAAAGCUGAAAGGAACCCUUAAGAUGGGUGUACUACAAAACUAUAUUGACUGAAGUUUUGGAAACAUUUAACUAAAUUUUGAAGGAUUGACUUGCAAACUGUGAUUCAGUAUCAUGGACUUUUACACUUCUGGAGAAGUUGUGGCUCUGUUAGUGCCAUUUCUUUCAUUGUUUAUAUAUCUUGCUUUUAAACAUUGCUCGCUUAGUUAUAAAAUCUUUCAAUUCCUUAGGGCCUGUUUAUAUGACCCCGCCUAGAUGGGAUGGGACGUUUUCAACCCGCCAAGACAGGAUACUCGCCUAGUGUUUAUAUGGACAAAAUACAUUGCCGGGAUGAAACCAUUCGGUGCUUGACGUCAUAUUUUUGUUGCAAUAAAGGCAUUUACGCAUGCCCAAAAGGGAAAAAUUCAUUCCGCCUAACCGGGAUGAAGUGUUUAUAUGGGAAUUUUUCAUCCCGGCUAGGCGGGAUGAAGUGUUUUUAUAUGGGAAUUUUUCAUCUCGCUUAGGCAGGAUCCCGGCAUCUGUUGCCGAAAUCCAGUCUAGGCGGGAUAAGUGGCGGGAUCAUAUAAACACUCUUUAGCAUUUGUAUUACGAGCAGGAUCUCGGUAAGCAUCCCGUCCCGCCUGGCCGGGAUCAUAUAAACAGGCCCCUAAUCUCAUCCCAUGAUACUGAAUCACAGUUUGUAAGGCCCCAUUUACAUGAGACCAGGAUGAAACCAACCUGGAAUGAAAAUUGAAAUUGCAUGUCAACAUGUUUACAUGAGACCAGUAUGAGAAUCACAAAAUUUUCAAUUUAUUCCCCUUGCCAGGCAAUUUUCUUCUUCAGAUGACUUUUGUUAGCAUGUGUUGUUCACUUGUUCCAAUGUCAACAUUCAUUCCAGUCUGAAUUCAUACUGGUCUGAGUCAGUCGGCUUGGUCCAGCAGGCGGAAUGACAUAUAUAUAUAUAUAUAUAUAUAUAUAUAUAUAUAUAUAUAUAUAUAUAUAUAUAUAUAUAUAUAUAUAUAUAUAUAUAUAUAUAUACAUAUAUAUAUAUUUAUAUCUUAAAAUUAAUUGUUGCUACUCAAGUUUCACGCCUUAUUCAAGACGAUCUUCAGGCAAUUAUUGCCUGAAGAUCGUCUUGAAUAAGGCGUGAACUUGAGUAGCAAUAAUUAAUUUUAAGAUAUAAAUAUAUCUUGCUGUACUAUAAUACUAGUGUUGAGCACUUUAUUAUCUACUACAACAAAACAAAUCUGAAAUCAUUAACAUACACCAUGUAAGAAGAAAUGAAUAAAAAAAACUAAUUGGUUUAACGUGAAUAAAUUAUCAAUAAAUACAACAAAAACUAAAUAUAUUAUUUUUUAAAUCAAGCAACAAGAAAUGCGACACUGAAAUUAAUAUUCAACUAAAUCAUAACACAAUAUAACAGGCUACUCAUGUAAAAUUUUUUGGUGUAAUAAUAGGUCAAAAGCUGACAUGGAAGAACCAUAUAAACUCGGUUUUGAAAAAUAUAAUUAAAGCCGCUGCACUUAAUUAUUGCAAAACUACGACACUAUACAAACAGAAAUACGCUAAAAUUAAUUUAUUAUGCAUUGGUUUAUCCAUUUCUUACUUAUGGGAAUCUAAAAUGGGGAAAUACAUACCCAAUGAAGUACCCUAUAUUUAUAUUUAAAUGAAGUAAUUAGUGGUAUCAUGUACAUAUACCACGGGACGGUGAGCACGCGGAUUCAAGUAUGGCGGACCAGAAAUGUUAGAUAUAUAUUAUUUGAUGUAGUGUGAGAAAAGAUUGAUUAAAUUGAACUUAUAUUAAUGGCGACGAGUGCAAAAUCGAACUCAUGCAAUAACUGAACAUCGUAGUUAAGUACAGCAUUCUUCCAAACGUAAAUUAAUGAGUUUUGUGACCUAUUAACAUUGAAAAUAUGUAUUCUAGCUAAGCAAGUCAACAACUGUUCUUUGACCCUGACAAACACUCGGAAGAUACACUGAAGGCAUUUCAAGAGUUCGUACAAACAUUUGAAUUAAGAUAUCACGCUCAAUACCCAGAUCCACCAAAAGUGUCGUUAGAUUCAGCUGUAGAGAGAUGGAAAGUUGCAAAUACAACCGAAAGCAACCCUCAGCCUAAACCAACAUUGGACCAAUACGACAACAUCCGGGACGAAUGGCAAGCCAAGGAUAAAGUUGCAAAAUUCUUGGGGAUGUUUUCGUCGAGGCGAUUUUACUCGGAUUGGCAGGUGGUUGAAGCAGAUGAAUCAAUCAGAAAUAAGGAAAAAUGA